CCGCUUUGCAGCUCACGAACCCCAGCCGCGCCGUGAGCUCGGGCCGGCGGGACUGCCGCUGGAGGCGGGGCGGGGUCGCCGUGGGCUCUGCGGGGAGCCCAGGCCAACAGGCCGCGGGUUCGGGCUCCUGACCAGCUGGGCCGCGUGUGUCUGCCAAGGGCUGUCUUUGGACUGUGUCUCCGCGCUUCUAGGGGGCCUGGUCCUCGGGGAACCCCCCCGGCGCGGGGCCUGCGCCUCGGGACACCCGCCCCCCGCAGCGGGCCCUUGGAAGGGGGGUCCCCCUCCCACUCCAGCCAGCUCCCAAACUUUGCGAAUACUCCAGCGGAGGCUCCUCCUACCCCGGUGCCCAAUUAGUGACUCUGGCCCUGUCCCUUUAAGGCUCCAGCGCCGGGCCAGCGAGGGGGAAGCUUUGGCUAGAACUGAACUCUCCGAGUUAGCGGGGAGCCGGGGGAGCCCCGGAGCUGGGAGCCGGGCCCCGCGCUGCCUCGCUCCAAGGCCCCCGCCGGGGGCACUCGGGGAGGUGUGAGUUUUUGGCAGCAGCAGGCGCGGGGGCGGAGGCUGGGAGCCCGGGAGCGCAGUCUCCUAGGGGGGACCCGGCCCCAUGGCUCGGGGGGGCUGCUGAGCCCCUGCCCGGCGAAGGACGCGGAGCCAGGAGCCCGGGGGCGGGCGGGGGCACCCCUCUUUUGGGGCCAUGACCUCCGCCAAGGAAGGGAAGGCGGCGGGCCCCCUCUUGUGCCCCGCCGGCCAGGAGAGGCGGAGGAGCCCGCUGGACCAGCUGCCGCCCCCAGCCAACUCCAACAAGCCGCUGACCCCGUUCAGCAUCGAGGACAUCCUGAGCAAGCCGUCGGUGCGGAAAGCGGCCACCGGGCCCUGCGCCCCCUCGCCCCGGCUGCUGGACAGAGCGGCCGGCUCCGGAGCGCCCCGGAACGGCGUGCCCGCCCCGUCCUCCCCGCUCUGCGCCCUGGAGGAGCUGGCCAGCAAAACUUUCCAGGGGCUGGAGGUGAACGUGCUGCAGGCUGCGGAAGGUCGCGACCCGCUGGGCGCCUUCGGGCCGCGGCCGGCCUCCAAGAAGCGGCGGAAGUCGCGCACGGCCUUCACCAACCACCAGCUCUACGAGCUGGAGAAGCGCUUCCUCUACCAGAAGUACCUGGCGCCGGCCGACCGCGACCACCUGGCGCAGCAGCUGGGCCUGAGCAACGCGCAGGUCAUCACCUGGUUCCAGAACCGCCGCGCCAAGCUCAAGCGCGACCUGGAGGAGAUGAAGGCCGACGUGGAGUCGCUCAAGAAGCUGCCGCCGGCCGCCCUGGAGAGCCUGGCGGGCAUGGCCGAGCUCGGCGAGCCCCCGGGCCCCGAGCCCUGCUCCGAGGAGGAGAUCGAGGUGGACGACUAGGGGCAGGGGCCAGCGCCCGGGGCCCGCGGCCGAGACCCCCCAGGCAGCCGGCCCCCGUCUGCGCCCCUCUGAACUGAGAGCCUGGGACUUACCAAAUACACCUCACUGAGGGGGGAGCCCCCCUGCCCACCCUCAGGCGCGGGUACCCUUCCCCCAGCCUCCCC